AUGCUACCCAUCAUUUUCUCAAACGCAUCGGUUACCAGAUGUUUUACCCUGCUCCUAUUCCCCUCCAAAUUUCUCGUCAUUGUGAUGUUUCUUUUUUUUUUUCAUUAUUUGCUUUUAUUCCUUCCAGCUUUCUUCUUUUUCUUCCGAUUUUUUUUCUUUUCCUUCCUAGUUUAUAAUUUUCUUUUUUAUUUGCUAAUUUUCAUUAUUAUUUUUUUUCCUUUUUUUUUUAAUUCUUCUUUUCUUUUACUAGUUUCUUCUUGUUUCUUCUUUUCCUUCAUUAUUUUCUUCAUUUCCCUCGUACUUUCUUCUUUUUCUUUAUAUUUUCUACUUUUUCUUAUUCUCUUCUUUUCCAUCUUAUUUUCUUCUUUUCCUUCCUAUUUUCUAUCAUUCUCCCCAUUUCUUUUUUCAUUCCGAAUUUCUGUUUUUAUUUCGUGUUUCUUUCUUUUUUCCUUUCCUAGAUUCUUUUUUCUUCUGUUCCUUCUUUAUUUUCUCGUUUCCUUCCUAUAUUUUUUUCUUUUUCUUUCCGUUUUCUUCUUCUACUUGCGAUUUUCUUCUUUUCCUUCUCAUGUGCUUCUUUUGCUUCCUAGUUUCUUCUUUUCCUUUCAGGUUUUUCACUUUUCCUUCCUAUUUCUUCAUUUAUUUUCUAUUUCCUUAUUUUAUUCCUACUUUCUUCUUUUUCUUUUUCUACUUUCUCCUUAUUACUUCUUUUCCUUCUUUAUUUUUUCUUUCUUUUCUACUUUCGUUUUUUUCUUUCUAUUUUUUUACUUUUCCUUACUUUUUCUUUCUUUUCUUAAUAUUUUCUUCUUUUCCUUCCUAAUUUCUAAAUUUACUUCCGGUUUUCUUCUUUCCUUUCCUCGUUUUUUUCUUUUUCUAAUACGUGUUUCUUCACUUCCUUCCUAUUUUUUGUUUUUCUUCCUAUUUUUUAAUUCUCUUUAUUAUUUUAUUCUCUUCAUGAUUAUUUCUUUUUUUUUCCUUCCUAUUUCUACUUUUCUUUUCCUACUUUCUCCUUGUUACGUCUUUUCUUUAUUUAUUUUCGUAAUUUCCUUCCUAUUGUCUACUUUUUACUAUUUUUUCUUUUCUUUCCUAUUUUCUUCUUUUACUACUAACUUUCCUCUUUCCUUUCCUAGAUUCCUCUUUAUUCUUUUUUUCUUACUCUUGUUUCUUCUUUUCCUUCAUUUUCUUACGUUUUCUUCUUUUUCAUUCUAUUACUUCUUUUCCUUCCUAUUUUCUUCUUUUCAUCCCUACUUUCGUUUUUCAUUCCUAGUUACUUCUUUUACUACUGAUUUUUUCUUUCUUAUUCCUUCUGGUUUCUUUGUAUUUUGUUUUCAUUCUAUUUUCUUCUUUUCCAUCCUAUUUUCUUCCUUUCCUUCCAAUUUUCUCCCCCUCAUUUCUAGUUUCAUAUUUUCUUCUUUUCCUAAAACAUUUCUUCUUAUUUCUUCUUUUCAUUCUUUAUUUUCUUCAUUUCCCUGCAAUGUUCUCCUUUUUUUCCUAGCUUAUACUUUUCCUUCGUAUUUCUUCUUUUCUUCCUAUUUUCUUCUUUCCCUCUUAUUUGCUUCUUUUCCUUUCAAUUUUCUUAUUUUCCUUCAUCUUUUAAUCUUUUUCCUUCCUUUUUCUUAUUUUCCUUCUUAUUUGCUUCUUUUCCUUCCUAUUUUCUUAUUUUACUUUCCAGUUUCUUCUUUAACUUCGUAUUCGCUCCUUUUUCUUUCCUAUUUUUUAUUCUCCUUCCUUUGUUUCUUUGUUUUCUUUCUAUUUUCUUCUUUUCCCUCUUAUUUUCUCUCUCUACUUUAUAGAUUGCUAGAUUCUUCUUUUCUUUUCUAUUUUCUUCUUUUUCUUUUUGGUGUAGUCUUUCACUUUGUAGUUCCUAGUUUUUUAUUUUCCUUCUUUUUUUUCUCUUUUUCUAAAUGCUUCUUGUAUUCUAUCUUUUCUUUCUUUCUUUCUUUCUUUUCUUUCUUUUUUCUUUCUUUCUACGUUUACUUCCUUUUUUUCUUUUCCUUCUUGUCUUCUGGUUUUCCUUCCAAGAUUCUUGCUUUUCUUCUCAGGUUCGUCACUGUCCUCUUAGUUCUUUCUAUUCCUUCCUAUUUUUCAUUUUUUUACUUCGUUUCCAUUUUAACUUCUUCUCUUCCUUCUUAA